AUGCUGCAGCACAUCCAUUUUCUCCUGCUCCCUCUUCACGGCAAAGAAGCGGUGGCGAAGGGUCUCAGGCGGGCGGUGCAUGCGCUGCCGUUGCAUGCACGUGACGGCGUCUGGAAACUUCUUCCCCACAACGUGCUCCAGCUUCCGCGUAAUAAAUGCGGUGGCGAACACCGUCUGCGUCUGCACCGGCCACAGGUGCUUGAACAUCAUCCGCUUCUGCACUUUCAUGAGGAGAUGCACCGCGUCGUGGUCAUGCUGCGACGACAGCAUCGCAUCCGCCUCAUCCACCGCGACGUAGCGAAUGUCAUCAAGGAAGAGUCGGCGCGUGCGAAUGAGGCGCAGCACGACUUUGGGGUCCAUGAUGACGACAUCCGCGAGGUUGUGCCUCAGUAG